GUCAUGGAAACGACAUUAGCGUCGGCAACCCUAUAAAUGACGCUGACCUUCUGAAUUCUUUCCCUUUGCUACGAGACUUUUGAAAGAGACGCCUGAAGAAGCAUAACGCCCCGGAAGGUUUGACCCAAUUUGAGAGUCUGCUUUGCAAAACUUGCUGCGGAAGCUCUUGCUGAAAUACGCACUUGCUUGAGAAGCGCACAACCCUCGAAAGAUGGAUCCUGGCCAGGAGAAGGACCAGCAGGGCGAUCAGCUGGAAGCUCAUAGUGUAGAGCUUCCAGCAGAUGGAGCCCCAACGUUGGAGGAAGAUCCAGACGACGGUAAGGAUCUAGGUAAGGUGUGGUCAGACGUUUUCCCUCAGAUGUCAGACAACAUGGUUUCUGGAAAUCAUGGCGAGGAGUCGAGGUGUAGUUCACCUCCGCUGUCUGAGCCCAUUUUGAGUCCAGAUGACUCCAGACCUCUUGGUACCUCACAACAUCAUCAGGUAGGUUUGGUAGGGGAUGUGGCUUGUGUGACAUCUGUGAUAAACAGAAAGAGGACAAAGGACAGUGACUCUGAAGAGGAGCCCCCUGCCAAGAAGACCAGGGACACCGUUGAUGAAGAGGAGCUCCCCUCCAAGAGGACCCGGCAGGGUGAUUCUGAUGAAGAGGAGCUCCCUGCCAAGAGGUCCAGGAACAGCGUUAAUGAAGAGGAACUUCUUCUCAGUCCCUCCACAAAUACGUUGUGUGAGGAUCCUGUUCUGUCAUCCCCUGUCCUCAGUCCCUCACAAGGGACGGUGCAUGAGGAUUCUUUGCAGUUGUCCCCUGUCUCCAAUCCCUCGCCCAUGACAUUCUGGCUGAAUCACUUGUAUUCACCCUUUAGUAUUUCACCUGAGAGUACAAGUGAGGAUCCCAUUCUGUCCUCCCCAGUCUUCAGUCCCUUACCAAGAUUGCCGUAUGGAGGUCCCAUUGAGUUGGUUCAUGACAUCAGUCCCCCAGUCAAUGAAGAUCUUGCUUUGUCAUCCACUAUCCUCAGUCGUCUACAAAGCACAGAGUGUGAGGAUCCCAGUGUGUCUUCUUCUGUUGUUAGUCCUUCACCAUCACCAUACUGCAAAAUUCCAAGUGCGACAUUCCCUUGCAUAUGUGUCUUGAUGAAGUCUCAAAUGGACAAAGAAGAGGAACCAAGACCUUCAACAUCUGGGAUUGGAUCUGACAGAAUUAGAGAAAGAGUGAGUUCCAGACAAGUGUGGUUAAGACCUCAUUACGACUUGUCGAGUGACUCUGAUUAGACUGGGAUCUUGAAAAACUGAAGACCUACCUGAGAAGUCCCAUUAGAAUACCGUAAUUUCUCUGAUGUUUUUGUUAAAGCCAACGGCUUUCUAGCAGGACCGAGGAUGCCUUAGGUAGCGUCUUGCACCGGGGCUUUUCUUUAUAUUUGGUUAAGGCUUGGUCCAGUAACUUGGACCUCCAUAGAUAUAUUCUGAGGUUCUGGUGAGGACUGCUGAGUUCCCCGACUUGGUGUCAGUCCCAGAGAGAUUAGCUGGCAGUCAGACUGCUUCUUCUAAGAUUCUCUCUGUGGUUCUGUCUCUGUUUUCUUCUCUACUCUCCCAUGUUUCAGAGUGUAAUCGCGGUGCUUCCCCCCACGACGCUCUCUGAAAUUGUUCUCACCUGUUCCUCCACUAAUCCACUCUCCCAGUUUUAAUCUUUCAGGUUUUAGCUGCUCAUUGCUGGAUUCUUUCCUGGUUGUCCAUGUGGUUCCUGUCCUUCUGGUUCCCUUCUUGUAAGUUCUUGCAUUCCACAACACAUAAUACUGCUUGCCUCCUGCUGGCAUCGGGGACCAUCAGCUCUACUAAAUAAACAUAGAAAUAAAUUCACUAUUAGUAGAAAAAUAAACUAUUAAUCUCAUAAAACAAAUAGUUUAUAUGGCCACAUAUUCAUGUGUUGCAACACAGAAAGAUCAUAAAAAGGGAAUAGACAUAAAAAAAAUACAGACACUAGUCUCUGAUCCCAGGUCCAGACUUGUCAGAUCUCUGAUGUUCUGAUCAUCCCAGGUUGGAUCUCCUGAACCUGGAAUCCUCCACCUUCAACACCACCAGUCAGGUGGGGGAAGAUAAGAGAACCCAGUUGAAAAAAAAUGUAAGAACAUUUAUAACUACACAACAUAACUAAACAUUUCAGAUGGAGCUGCUUAGAGUUGAGCUGAAAGUUACAAACUGGUUCUGUCUGCUGUCUAGGCAUAUUUUCCUUUUUAACUCUGUUGUCUUUUCUCUUUAUUUCAUUUCUCCGUCAACUCAUGUCACAUGACUUGAGUUGACCAACAAUGAAAGCAGAAGACCUGCUCCACCUGCUGUUCUACUGGUUGUAGCAGGUUGUGAAAAAGCAUGACUGAAACAAGUCAACAGCACUGGACCAAUGAGGAGAGAGAAGACACAGAGGACUGAGGAGACACAGGAAAUCCUGCUGGACAUCCAGAGAAGUUUCCUGAUGCAUCAGGAGGACAGCUGAGCAUGGAUGCAGAAUAAAGAGACAGAGAUUGUGUGAAGUGGAUCCUCAUCGGCCUGGAUUCCUCCACCUUCAACACCACCAGUCAGGUGGAGGAAGAUAAGAGAACCCAGUAGAGAAAAAAAACUGCUGAUCUACUGGUUGUAACAGAUUGUGAAGAGGUGGCGCCAUGACGAUGAGAUAAUCAGAUACGGUGACCCAACAGGAACAAACGAGCUGCAAACAGCGAAACGAGCUGCAAACAGCACAUCAUCACUUUGACCCUCCACUUUAAUAAGGCUGCAGCUCCAACAAUGAGCUUUUUAGACAUAGACUUGGUAAAACAAAGAUUUUUACUCCGUCGCCAUGGAAUAUUAAAAGGAUUUCUCAAACCUUCACAACAGACUCAAGGCAACUCUCCAGUGCAGCUACGUUGAAUGAACAUCAGUCAGAUGACAGACAUGGAAACAUCUUACAAACUGCUGGUUGCUUUCAGUUCUCUGUGAUCGUCGAUGACAAAGAGAAGAUUGUGAAAGACUUCAAACAGUGGGCCAUCAUUUACCGCAAUACAUGAUGCAGUUAUGCAUUCAAAGGUUCAAGGAUGACCUUUCAACCCUGGGUGUGAUUUAUGCUUUGGAGCUUCAUGCCUCUGUGUUCAGGCCCUUUAUGUGCACAAGUGUGGAAAAGCCGACAUCAGAAAUGUGAGAGGAAAUCUUUGAAGUUCAGCUCAGCGAAAAGGGCAGACGACAAGAAGAAACCAGACUGCUAGGAUUCUCCUUGAGACGGACCAAACCUCGCUUUCCUGUUCAAACACUGUCAAGAUACCAAGACCCAAGAUCCAAAAAAGACACAGACUUAGGGAUAUAAAACUCUUUGGACUUCAAAUACAGAAUAACAAAACUCAGAUGUGGAUGUUGGCCUGUGAAGGCAGAUGUUAACUUGAGAAACCUGCUCUGUCAAAGUUCUGACUCUGCUGCCUUGUGGUUGUUUGACCACACUUAGUCUCUCGUUCAUUUCCAAGCCUUAUGUAGUUUUCCACAUAGGAUUCCCAAGUCAGUGGACGCACUAGGCCACUGCCUCUGGAGGUCCUCAAACUGUCCCUAAAGACGGUCAUGGCCACAUUGACUGCUGUUUGACUCGGUCAUAAACUGUCCCAAUUCCUCCUGGGAGUCUGGGAACCCAGUCUGUUCUGACAAACCCAGGAGUAAAAUAUGCACAGGACACAUAGUUUAGUUAUAUAUUUACAUUUCUUCAUUCAACUGUCACUACCAACUGUUAUGACUAUUGUUGAAAACUGUUGUAAUGCUUGAUUGUAUUUAUGUUGUCAGAAAUUGUUACAAUAAAAAGUGACAUACUAUUA